AUGAGCAGCGCCUCGCCCCUCGCGAGAAGCCUGCAGCGCAGCACCCGCAACCUCUCGAGAUGCCGCUACCGCCCUACACACCCCGCACAAGCGCAAGCAGCAUACCUCUCCAGCACAACCUCCAGGAGGACGCCGACCAGCAGGUUACCCUCAACACGGGCUGCUUCUUCCUCCGUCACCGUCUUCCGCCCCCUGGGCGCACGCACAUUCACGACGAGCAGGCCACGACGCAGCGAUGAGGAGGAGGACUUCGACCCCGCGUCCAUUGAGCGCGAAUCAGACCAGGUCGACGUCUGUAUCGUAGGCGGCGGCCCCGCCGGACUCAGCGCCGCGAUCCGCCUGAAGCAGCUCGCCAACGAGGCCGGCAACGAAGACUUCCGCGUCCUCCUGCUCGAAAAGGCCGGCGAGAUGGGCGCCCACAUCCUCUCGGGCGCCGUCAUCCAGCCCACCGCCAUCAACGAGCUCAUACCCGACUGGCUCGCCGAAGACAACCCCGACCGAUUCGAGUACGCCACCCCGGCCGGCGGCGACCGCAUGCGCUUCCUCACAAAGACCGCCUCCAUCCCCCUCCCCACACCGCCCCAGAUGCACAACGACGGCAACUACAUCGUCUCCCUCAACCAGUUCACAAAGUGGCUCGGCGACCGCGCAGAGGAGCUCGGCGUCGAGGUCUACCCGGGCUUCGCCGCCUCCGAGGUCCUCUACAACGAAGUCGACGGCAGCGUCAAGGGCGUCGCCACAAACGACCUCGGCAUGGGCCGCGACGGCAAGCCCAAGGAGGCCUUCGAGCGCGGUAUGGAGUUCCACGCGCGCUGCACCCUUUUCGCCGAGGGCUGCCACGGCAGUCUGAGUAAGCAGGUCAUCAACAAGUUCGACCUCCGCCGCGACAGCCAGCACCAGACGUACGCCCUCGGCGUCAAGGAGGUCUGGGAGGUGCAGCCGGAGAAGUUCAACAAGGGCAGCAUUACGCACUCCAUGGGGUACCCGCUGUCCAAGGACCUCUACGGCGGCGGCUGGAUGUACCACUUUGGCGACAACCUCGUCUCCAUCGGACUGGUUGUCGCGCUCGACUACGAGAACCCCUGGGUCUCCCCGUACCAGGAGUUCCAGAAGAUGAAGCAUCACCCGAUGUACAAGGAGGUCCUCGAGGGCGGCAAGUGCCUGACGUACGGCGCGCGUGCCCUGAUCGAGGGCGGGUUCCAGAGCAUACCAAAGUGCGCCUUCCCAGGUGGUGCGCUGAUUGGCGACUCGGCUGGCUUCGUCAACCUGCCCAAGAUCAAGGGUACGCACAACGCGAUGAAGUCGGGUAUGCUGGCCGCCGAGGCGGCCUUUGACGCCCUCUCCAGCAGUGAGGCCGGGGAGGAGGAAGGCACCGUCUUCCUUUACGACUACGAGGACAAGUUGCGCAACUCGUCCAUCUGGAAGGAGCUCAAGGAGGUGCGCAACUUCCGCCCCUCGUUCCACACGCCGCUGGGCCUCUACGGCGGCAUCAUGUACUCGGGCCUCGAGGCGUACGUGCUCAAGGGACGGGUGCCCUGGACGCUGAAGCACAAGACGCCGGACCACGCGGCGACGAAGCCUGCGGACCGGUUCCAGAAGAUCGAGUACGGGAAGCCCGACGGCAAGAUCAGCUUCGAUAUCCUCACCAGCGUUAGCCGCACCGGCACAAACCACGAGGAGGACCAGCCCGUGCACCUGCAGGUGAAGGACUGGGAGAAGCACACGCGGGAGACGUGGCCCCAGUUCAAGGGCGUCGAGAACCGCUUCUGCCCGGCGGGUGUGUACGAGUAUGUCGAGGACGAUACCAAGGAGCUUGGAGUGCGAUUCCAGAUCAACGCGCAAAACUGCAUCCACUGCAAGACGUGCGACAUCAAGGCGCCCAACCAGGACAUCAACUGGCAGGUUCCCCAGGGAGGAGAGGGUCCCAAGUACUACAUGUCAUAG